AAUAUCUUUGGUAAUAUUGACAAUUAGUCGUGUAUAUGGUGACAGUGCUACCAAAGCAGCAGAAGAUGUGCAUUGGUGUAACAACUGAGUUACGUAUAAAAAUUCACAACAAUGUGGGUUAACUUUAUUAUAAGCAAUGUUUGUCAGUGUUAUGUAAAUAUGGUGUGAUAUGGUUGAUUUAUGUGUGAUAUAGACGUAAAAAAUCUAUGGACAACAAAUCCGUAUGCUGUAGCGCUAAAUAUUGUUUACAUAUUACUUGCUGACGUGCCGUUUAUAGAGAAAUGUAAAGCGAAAACGUGUUUGUCGCUCUGACGUUAAUGAAGUGUUUGACACAUUGCGUGCACUCACGCAGAGGAAAUGUGUUGUCUUUUGGAAUAAACAUUGGCGAAUCAGCAAGAAACAUUUCGAAAUUUACGUCCAGCUGACACAACAAAAUUAUUCAGGAUGGGUUCUAUUGCUAUGGAAGAAUAUGAACUGAUGAAGGACUCAAAGUACAGAGUGUAUGUUUCUGCUGUUGACAAAGCAUUGAAAAACUUUGAAUAUACUAGUGAGUGGGCAGAUCUAAUAUCUGCUCUUGGGAAGCUGAAUAAAGUGCUGCUGAAUUAUAUGAAAUUUCCAGUUAUUCCACGGCGUAUAAAAAUCAGUAAGCGUCUUGCACAGUGUAUGCAUCCAGCACUGCCUUCAGGUGUUCAUUUAAAAGCUCUUGAGACUUAUGAUAUAAUAUUCAAAUGCAUGGGAACAAACCGUUUAAGCCAUGAACUAUUCAUUUAUAGUGCUGGCUUGUUUCCACUUCUGGGCCAUGCUGCCAUGAAUGUCCGUCCUUCUCUUCUCACUGUAUAUGAAACACAUUUUGUACCUCUGGGAGAGAGACUUAGACCUGGACUUAGUGGUUUCUUAAGUGGUGUUCUACCAGGCUUAGAAGAAGGUUCUGAUCAUUUUGAAAGAACUACCUCAUUGUUAGAAAAAGUUUGUGAUGGAGUGGGUCCAAACCACUUUUAUGGAUGUCUGUGGGAUUGCAUAGCAGCAAACAGUGGUAUACGCCUCCCUGCUAUAUCCUAUGUUCUGUCACACUUCAACAAGAGGCUUUCUAUGGAAGAUCAGUUAUUUAUUAUGGGGACCAAUGUUGACAUUAUGGUUAGUGCACUGUGUGCAUGUAUGCAAGACACUAGUGUGCUGGUACAGCGCAGUGCGCUCGACCUGCUGCUUGUGGGAUUUCCCAUGCACAAUAACCAGUUAUUGCGCACUGAUGUGGUACGACUUGUAACGGCCUCUCUUACUACCAUACUUCGUAGAGAUAUGUCACUGAACAGGCGUUUAUUUGCUUGGCUACUAGGAUCAGAAGUAAAUGUAUCUUUACUGAGUUCAGAACAUCCUCUUGUUAAGAAAUCUCGCAGCAUAGAAUCUACUUCAUCCAAUACCUCACCAUAUUUUGAGAUGUAUUCCAGAGAUCUCUUGAUUCAGGCUAUUAAAAUUACUCUAAGUCAGAGUGCAAGCCACCCACAAGAUGUUCGUCCUUAUCGCCUUUUGGUUUCUCUCUUGGACAAGCCAGACAUAGGGCCUGAGAUUUUAGAUGAUAUCCUGUAUGAAGUUUUCAGGACACUCUAUUUAGCUUGUGAUGGAGGCAAACUGGCUUCUGCUGCUUCCACAGCUACAUACAAAGGCAGCCAAGAACUUCUGAAGUCUGCUAAUUUGUUGUUCAGCACACUUGAGCCGUGCUACAUUUGGGUCUACUUGGGUACCCUUUUCGAUAAAGCUUGUGGUGCCCAGGCAGCUGUUGACACAGCAAAGAUCUCACAACCUGUGGAUUUGAAAGUUAAUGAUGAAGUGAAAUCUGUUGGUCAAGGACAACCAAAUCUUCUAGAGGUAUGUACACUUGCAGAAUUCCUUCUGGAUGCUGUAUCUCUGGAGGCAUAUAUGGACACCACGAGUGAGCAUUUACCAGGACUCUUUCUUCACAUUAUUUGCAAGUUAACAGAGCAUUGUGAUAAUCUCUCAGCAGAAGAUAUAGCACGUUCUCUCCAACUGUGUGCAAAAAUACUUUCAAAAGUGCAGCCCUCAGUGGUAGCGGUUAGUUCACUAAAUGGGAAAUCAGCAAGUGAUCAGAUAGACACAACCAUUAACCAAGUAUGUAGCCCCAUAGAGCACAGCAAGUCUUUACCAGAUAUUACUGAUAAAAGCAAAAAAUCAAGAUCCAGUGGUAAGGGUUCAAACAAAAACAAGAAAUCAAAGUUUCGCUUGAGACAGUCUGGUGAGAAAAAUGAAAUAAUUGAUGAAAUUAGUCCUGUUGUAGUAACAGUGAGUUCCAAUUCUCAAGAAAAUUUAUGUGAAGAAAGGACAGUUGAUGAAUCUGCUGCUGAAGUUACAGUCAAUGGACAUCUGAACAUUAGUAUUAAUAGUUCAGGAAAACUCAGUCCCAAUCUGUCUUACGGAAGUGCAGCACAGCUAACAGAUACUGAAACUAGUUUGAUGGGAAGUGAAGCUGAUAUAACCAGUCAGUCAGUUUCAGAAGAGUCAUCUGAACCUCCUUCAUUGCCUUCAAAACAGCAGUCAUUGCUUGAAGAGUGCUUAAAACAGUAUAAAAUAUUCUAUGUGAAGUUUAUGUGUAAUAAACGGUUAAUGGGCUGUGAUGUGGAUUCUCUCUUCAAACAACUUAUUAUUCAUCCACAAGAAACUGAUGAUGAAAGAACUGAAAAGCUGAUAUGUAUUUUGAAUAGGUGUUUGGAAAGCAGUGAUCACAGUUGUCAGUUCUGCGAAGAAAUUACAGAGCUAGAAAGACAUAACUUUUCUAUUAUAUCAGGAAAAAAUGACAAUAGAAGGAAAAUAUACUUUUGCAAGUCUAAUGCCCAAGAGUGGGAAUCACCUGUAAAAGUAUCAUGCAAUCUCUUGGUGGAACUGUCCACAUUUCCCACUUACUGUCUUCCAGAAACACCGAUAGACGAGCCAACAGGAUUAGCAAACUUUCCCAAAUGGCUACAAGUUCUAGUCGUUUGUGCAUGCUAUCUUGCGGAUGCCCCAGCAUUGCAGCUAACAGCCAUUGCCACUCUGCUUGAGCUAAUGUCGCUGUUGCGAUCACAGACUCACAGAGAUGAAGUGACAGAUCAUUUGGACCAACAGGGUGUUGUUUCUGUUGUCAUGAAACCUCUUUUGAGGCAAUGGGAUGUGACAUUUCUUGAACAUCACACAAUUACAGUCCAGAUUGUGGCGAAGGCACUUUGGGAUCAACUUGGUGAGCUGGAGCCUGAUGGUCAGGUGCACUGUGUGGAGCUCCUGCAUCAAUUGCACAACCUACUUCCUGGUUCACGAGUUGUUGAAGAUGUUGUGGGUGAAUCUCUUUGUGGACCAAUCAGUUUUGACCAGUCUGAUUACUGCUCCAGUACAUUUGAGAAAUUUUCACUGCUCUGGCACGUAGGGAGAGAAGUUGAAGCCAAGGGUGCAGGCUGCCACCCAGUCAGAUCAUUUGACAGGUGUCUGCUGAAAAUGCUAGACCAGUUACAGCAAAGUGAGAGUUGCCCGUUACGGCUACAGGCCCAGACAUGGCUACUUCAUUCAUUGGUUCGUGGUGAUGUUGCUCGCUUAAUAGAUCCUCUUCUGCUGAUGCUAUUGGAUCCAGCCACAGCUCGUGUUAGUGUACUGCAUGUCAGUGUCAAAGAGCGUGACCGCCCACAGAACCUGUCAUCUACUGAUGUGCCUCGAGUUUAUGCCAUAAGCUCCAUUGAUGGCCACAUUAUCUAUCAUGUGUCAAGUACUUCUGCUCCCAGACAUGGUGAUGCUUUUGCAAGAAGAGUUUAUACAAUGACAACACUGGCAGCUGGUGGUAAUGGAAAAUGCCACAUCACAGACAAAGAUUCUUGUAUGAAACUUCCAGAUGUGUUGGAAGCACCGUCUCCUUCCAGCUGUCGAAAUAUAUCAUUAUUUGUGAAUCCGUUUGCUGCAUCUGCUAGCAGCAAUACAAACUCAAAUGAUUCUGCUACUGAGGAAGACUCUACUGCUACUUCUCACAGUAAAACGCCUGAGGCAUCAAGUUACCCUGGUGAAUUGCCUAGGUUUGGUCACUCUUGGAAGUUAAGAAGUGGGCGGGGGAGAAAUAAAUUGGCUGCUUUUGGCAAUGCUUCCACAAUUGCAAUUCACAAAAAGAGCAAGAGUGCUGAAUUUCUACAGUCUGACAUACUGCCAAAUGGAACUUACAGGAAACUUGGCAGUGGGAGCCAAACUAGUCUCAGUUGUGGAGACGAUGAAGAAAAUUCUUCUGAUAGUAAUUUAUCAGAAAGUUGUGAGGAUAGCACUGGUGUUAUUAGAAGAUGGUCACUUGGAGAGGAUGUACUAGCUGACUUUGAUGAUUCGGUUGCCGAAAAUAGCUGUCUUGAAAUGGGGAAGGAAGUACCAACCAGCAAGGAGAUAGUUGAACAAAUAUUGUAUGAGGUAUUGGAUAAAGUUGUCAGCAGUUUUGAAGAAAAAGAUCAGGAUUCAGAAGAAAAGCAGACUCUUGCCAGCAAAGUUCCAAGCACUACUUUGCGAGUUCAUCAGUUACAUUCUCAUAUGCUCUUAUAUUGUGCUGUUUAUGAUUCAAAUCGGACGUUAUAUGCACUGAGUACAUUGAGGAACAUACUAUUGACCAACUCCAGGAUGUUUCUAUGUGCAACUGCUACAACAGGGCUAGCAAAUGUUGCACGUGGAUCUGGACUGAUGAUGUUGUUAGCAAGACACCGUAAAUCUGUAUUUGGAAGAAAUUUUCAUGGAGAAAUACCAUCUGGUGGUGGAGAAUUUGGUGCUGCAUAUAGAAGCAGCAUGUAUUUGGAAGUUCUGCUGCUGGUUUGCCUUUAUUUUGCAAGAAGCUACUAUCCCAAUUUAGGAGAAAUGCGACUGACACAGGAGGAGAUAUCUGGAAAUCGCAAGGUCCAGCUAGCAAGUACUGAACUGCUUACAAUCAUCUGCUAUGAACUGAUUUUGAUUGUAAGAGACAGUGGCAGAGGUUUUGCUAGCUACAUAGCAGAUUUGAUGGCCCGAUGUAAAGUUCAGAAAAUUGCAUUACACUGUAUAUUGUCAAGUGUGCACAGCAUGAAAGUCCAUGACGUCAGUAAAGAAGACAGCCCUCUUAAGGUUAAUGACAACCCUUUACAAAGAACACUAACAGAAGAAAUUAUGCAUUUCAAUGACCCUGAUUCAGAAUAUGCGGAAAGUAGCAGCAGAUGUAAAUUUCGUUGUUCUGAACAUUCAGAGGGAUUUCAGGUGCAACUUUUGAGACUACUUCUUGCUUUAGUAAUGCUUGAACACCAAGUUAAUGCUCAGAAGAGUGAUAGUGAGUCUGCAAGUGUUACAAACAGAGAAAGCACAUCUUCUGUGAAGAGCACUUCAUCUUCGAAUCAGUUAAAAUACCAUCCAGGACUUGACAUACCUCAACAGUCAAUGUUCUUAGCUGCCGUUUUGACUGCAUUAAGACAGAGACAUAUGCGCCAUCUGCAUCAUCAGUGGACCAAUCUUAUAGCUUCUGCUCUCCCGUUUAUGGGGUCAUCUCUGACUGAAGUAGUUAUGAGUGUCAUCAAUCAGUUAUGCAGCAACAUAGAAAACCUGUCUCAGCAUUAUGGCUCAGAAGACAAUAGAGAGGACUUGUGUUGCCUACCUGCAGACUACGCAGUUACUCAACUGGAAGCCCUGACACUGCUGUGCCACUACUGUUUGUUGGACAGCACACAGCAGCAAUCACACGCUUUCAGCCAGCAGAUGCUUGGUGCAGUUACGUCUUUAAAUGUUGGUCUGCCUGGUGCCAACCCAGGGCAGGUGUUCAGCAACCUUGUGCAUGUUUUCAUGCCUGUCCCUGCACAGCAGGACAAUACUCAUGGGAAGGAUAAACCUACAGUUGUGGAUCCACAUAUUUCAGCCAGGCGCAAAGUUCUGAGCAACAUGCCACGUAUUUUUGCGAGUGUAGCAGCACUGUGGCAAGCAAUUAUGACUGGACAAGACUGGGAGCAGAAGUCUUGUGUGCUGGGCAGUCCUAGAAUUGUCAAGCAUCAGUUACUGGAAUUUCUCAGUCCUAUUUCUCUCCACCAUGGCAUAAACUUCAUAGCAGCUAUUGCCAUUGCAUGGCAGGAACGUAAACAAACUGGUCCUCAAACUGGACGAAAGGCUGUUCCAGUGGCAACCCAAAGCCAGCAAGUGUUGGUGUAUCUAAUAUCAGCAAUACGUGUUAUGCCUAUGGAUACAUUGGUGCAGACUGUACACCAGGUAGUGAAGCAGCCCCCACCCAUUGAGGGAUUUAAGAAGGAGGCUUGCAUAGAAGUUAGUGUUCUGGAGUUGUUUUACUGCUAUAUGCAAACAACUUCUGGUUCUCAACUCACUGAGAGCUGGAGUUCUUUAAUAGGACUUUUGCGUGAUGGCUUGACACUCUCACCACCAGCUCAGUUCUUGAUGCUAGCUAUACUGAACGAGUUUGUGCAGAAGACACCUCCACUUUCAGAGAAAAAAGAGCUUAGGGAUUUGCAAGACAUCACAGCAAAGCUUAUAGAGUCAUGUGCUCAGAUAGCAGGAGCUUGUCUGGAGCAAACAACUUGGCUACGUCGCAACAUGGCUGUCAAAGAAGAGGAGCUGGAAAGUAUGCCUGAUGGAAAGGAAAAGGAUUCCUCUGUGUCAACAUCAGCAGCACAGUACAGUAUUCACGCACAGGCUGUGCUUGCAGAAUUAUUGGCUCCUCUUCUUGAUGUCAGCUAUGGCAGCCAAGAAAAAGAGAGAGUGGUUACGCUUCUCACAACUGUGAUGUAUAACAUAACACCGUAUCUCAAAAACCACUCGCGCCGGAAUGUUCCGAGUUUCUUCACAUGCUCUCAACUUUUGGCAAGUCUGAGUGGUUAUCAGUAUACUCGGAAGGCAUGGCGGAAGGAUGUGUUUGAGUUGCUUCUAGACCCCAACCUAUUUCAGAUGGAAGCUAAAUGCCUUCCUUUCUGGAGAACUGUUGUGGACAACCUUAUGACUCAUGAUACUACAACUUUCCGUGACCUCAUGGGGAGAGUAUCACUGGCCCAGAGUGGAUCUUUGAGCAUUUUUUCCAGCCGUGAGCAAGAGUAUGAGCAAAGAGCUCAGCUCCUGAAACGUCUUGCAUUUGUGAUUCUCUGCAGUGAAACAGAUCAGUACCACAAGUAUAUGCCUGAAAUUCAAGAACGGCUUGCUGAAAGCCUGCGACUGCCACAAGUGGUUCCAUCAGUCCAGGCACAAGUGUUUCUAUGCUUCCGAGUGCUGUUGCUGCGAAUGUCACCGCAACAUGUAACAUCAUUGUGGCCAGUGAUUGUUAGUGAACUAGUCCAAGUGUUCCUGCACAUUGAACAGGAGCUUAGUACUGACACUGAGCAAUUCAGCUCACACAUCCGUCUGCUGUCUGCCCUUGACUCAUCUUGGGUUGUAAACAGUAACAAUGGCCUACACGCUCAUGGUCAUCCACAUUGGCGCCAACUGCAGUUGAGUGCUGCUAAGCUUUUGGACCUCGCUCUUUUGUUGCCUGCACACCACUUGCCUCAGUUUCAGAUGUAUCGUUGGGCAUUUGUGGGUAGUUCUGAGCUGUCAGAUGUGGAUAAUCAAGGACUAGGUGAAACAGCUCGUCCGCAUGAUUUUGUUCCUCACAUCAAACGGAUAGCUCAUUUAAUGGAUAUAAAGUUUCAGACAUCAGUGGAACCAAUGACACGUCAGCCUGGGCAGUUGCUUCUCACAACCAGCACCAUUGAUACACUUCAAGAUUUGCAUCCAUUUUUCACAACACUAAGUCAGCAUCGUACUCAGCCUCCAGUUACAUCAAUCAGUCAGCUUGAAAGUGCCAUAGAAUUAGACUUCUUGGAAAAAUUACCUCCUAGAUAACUCCAUUAGCAUGUGCUACAAUUGGUAUCAAGAAUUGCAUGCUCUGUGUUGUGAAGUCCUGAAUUCCUCUUCUGAUUUUGGGUUUGUAAAUUAGUGACUAUACAAGUAAAAUUUCAUUUCUGCCAUCUUCAGGGAAUGUCAGGUAGAACAGAGAAUAGGGAUCUUAUAGCAUACAGUUAAAAACAAUUUUGAGGCCUUCAGUUAUACAGUGUAAUUGUUUUUUGAAUUUAUACAUUAUUUAUGUGACUGUUCUCUUACACACCUUUCAUGUCAAUGACUGGCAUUCUCAGAGGAUACAUGCAGCAAAAUAAUUUGGUACUAUACCUGAAUUUACUGCUACACAGUAGCUCUUCCCCCCCCCCCCCCCUGAUCUGGCACAGUUAUAUGGGCCAGUUGCUUGUCUCUUAACGUGGUUCUAGUUUAGUAAGAGCCUAAUAGUAUUCUUACUUUUCAUGUUUUCUUAGUACCUUAGUAAAUGUGAACGUACCAUAACACAAAUAAUAGUUUAAGUGCAGGGAAAAUAUGGGCAUGUGUUAAUUUAAAAACUGAGAAAUGUUACCUGUUUGUUUAGUUUCUACAUUCACAAGUCCUUUUUGUUGAAUAUGAUGACAAGUUUUUUUUUUUUUUUUUUUUUUUUUUUUUUUUUUUUUUUUGUACAAAAAAUGAUGAUGAUCGUCUGAUCUAUUAAAAGGAAGUGCUGCACAUAAUAUAAAUAACUUGAUUCAGGUACAGGAGACACGUCAAAAUUGCACUAAAAUUUCACUGUAAGAACAGUUGGUGUUAACAAAAGGAUACUAAUACUCAUUUGUUCUGUAUACAUAGAAGAACAUGUAACACUUGAUUACCCACUGCUCAAAUUAUCAUUUCAUCCUCUAUGAAUUCUUCUAUUGAAUAGUAGUUCUUCCACAGAACAGCUUCAAAGUAUCUUGGAAAAUACCUUAUGAGUAAUGAAACAAAUUCCUCUGACGUAUUUUACGAUUUUUGCAAACAAGUCUUCCUAGGCUUGCAUGUUUCAUUACUUGAACAUACUUAUAAGAGAAAUAAUGAAAAGGGGGAGACAGGUACGACUUUCACAUUAUUGUUGUUACUGUUUAGAUACUGUGCCAUUAGACAUGGUAUAUAAACCAACCAUGUUUUUCAAUAAUUUCUAUCCAUUUGAAAUGUACAAUUUUAAAUGAUGUGUUUGAACGUGAAGUCAUUGCUAUCUAGGAGUCCUGAAUCUUCAUGUGCUGUAAUCAUACUUACUACAUUCUUACCUUCAGGAAGCAAAAUUAAAACAAGGGGACUCUGGGAGUGCUCCCCCUCCCCCCCCCCCCCCUGCAAUUUCCUUCGUACUUAUAAUCUGCAUACAGCCAUUUAAUGAUAGAUAUUGCAACAACUUAUAGGCUUUGAAAGCCAGUGUGUACCUCAGUUUCAUUUAGCUGUACGACUCAGUUCUCAGAAAAUUCAAAUAAAUUACCUUUGAAGAAUGGAAAUUUUCAGAACACAAUUAAGUACAAAACAUUUGUAUUGUAUUAACAAAUUUGUUGGUAGCUCAGUGCGUAGCAUAAUGGAAUUGUAAUUGUAGAGUCAUAGGUUUGAAUGUAGGUAGGUGGUAGAUUAUUUGUUGUUAGCUUUUUAAAUUCCAUAUUUAUUAACCAAUGGAAAUUAACUAAUAAAUAAUCACAUUUUUAGUAAAAAAACAAUUUUACUUUUAAUUGCUGUUCAUUCAAAAAUGCGAGUAUUCCCAGUGAAUUAAAAUUCAGUAUAAAAAUGCGUAAUGUCAAAUAUGAAAUUAAUUUUUUGUAACAUCCAUUUUCUGUGUCUGUGUCAACUUUUAAUUUGUCUUACAAACAAUUAUGAUUUAAUAUUUGCUAAUUAAAAUUUCCAUUUUAAAAAGAAACAAUUAUGCACAUUAGUGACUUCAUGACUACAAUCUGAUAACAAGAUGUUCCUACCUACUGAUCAAUUAAUUAAUGAAAUACAAAUGUUUUUUGCUGAACACUGCUCGGAAAUCUCCUGAUCUUCAAAGGUGAUUUGGAAGGGGGUGUAUACUGCUUUAGGAAUUUGAUGUCUGGGCUCUGACUUUACAAUCCUAUAUGGCCAGUCUUUAAUGUCCUUCAGUAAUUAUUGCUGAUAGACUCAUUCUUUGUAUGUCUUACCUAAUAAUUAUUUAAUCGGAUGUGAACAAAAACAAACCUGUAGUUUCCCUGACUGAUUUUGAGAGUCUUUACCCAUUCUUCACUUACUGGUUUUCGCAACAGUCAUUACCUUACACUACUUUGAGCAAUGUUAUCUGUCUUAGGUAAAUGGGAACCUUUACUUAGUUUUAAUUUGUACGCAACAAGUGCAGAUCUGUCUGAUCCUUGGUGUUACAAUGUCAGUUAUUUUGUUUCGUCAUUUUUCUGUAUUCUAACUGCCUUGUAUUGUGCUGUCACACAGUUGAGUAUAUGUCUUUUUCACUGUUUGUUAUGUAGUGUAUAUGGUUGUAUUAUGGUGCUUACAUGGAUAGAUAGAUAGUAUCUUGUACUGAUACUAAUAAUUAAAAAAAAAUAAAUAAAUAAAAAAGAAGAAGAAAUCUGGUUUAGCGUGCAUAAUUUAUCUGUUGCUGUGGUGGACUGAAAUACACAAUACAUUGAAUCGAGCACUGUUGCUAAUGUAGUUUAACUGUAAUAUAUGUAAAUCAAAUACCAUUUUAUAAACAAGAAUUUGGAAAGGCAGCUUGAAUCUGAUUUAUGUGUAGCACAUAGAAAUUCGAAACAACACAGUCUAUACCAGUUUCUGAUCCAGACCUCCUUUUAUUCAAAGCCAAUAAAUCUCUGAGCUGGUACAUGUUGUUAUGCAUGAUACAUCAAUCGGCUACAAGUGGGUGAUUGUCUUUGCUAAUUUUUGUUUGUUUACAUCCUGUUAUGAAUGAGUACUCUCACGAGCCUGUACCAAAGCUUAAAUUUCUGUUAUGAGUGAUAGUAAUUUUUUUUUUUUUUUUUUUUCCAGCGUAUUUUCAUAUUCAAUCGUACUGACUGGAAUUUGUGUACAGUUUAUUGCAUAAAAGACUGAUUCCAUUAAAACACUUAAAGAAAAAGAGAUAUGUAAACAGAAAAUAUUUUGUAUCUACUUGUAAAUUUGUAACGUCUGUAAAAGUGUAUAAAAUUUAUUGUUACUGUUAUGUCCAGAGUAUAUAUACAUUUCAGUGUAGGGCUAAUGAUAUUUUACUUUUUGUUCCGGAAUACAUUCACUUUAUUUGUUGUUCAAUUCACUCAUGGUCAAAAUUAAAGGGACCAUAUAUGUUGUGCACCUGGAGCCAAAUGUAGAAAUGAGUAUGAAUGACAAUGGAAUUUCCAUUGUUUGAAAAUAGAUACAUAUAUAUAUGUGUGUGUGUAUAUGUGAUGAUAAUAGAGUAAUGACCAUAUAAAUUGUAAUUACUGUGUGUCUAUGAAACUAAGUUUUUUGACUUUCAUCCGAGGAAAAAGAAAUGGUAUAUUUUAUCUUUACUAUAUUUCAUUACUAAUAUUUGUAAAUACUUUAAUAACAUCAGCUCUUGUACGGUAGUAUUUUGUACAUGUUAAUAGUAUGUAAUAUGGAGAUUUUAUUUAAUUUUAAAUUGCAGAUAUUGAAACAUUGCUGGAAAACAUUAUUUUUAUAUUAUUCGGAGUAUGUUUAUUCUACAGUGGUGCUUUCUGCAGCUUUGCGAAGUAUUUCUGCUACUAUGAUGUAUUAUCUAAGAAUUUUCAGUGUCAGUACACUGUAUAUGACUUUAAAGUAUUAUUACAUUGUUUUUAUUCUUAAUGAAACCACUGGUCAAAAAAUG